AUGUAUAAGGGAUUGUGUGAACUAAUUAAUGCGGCUGAUAAUAAUUUUGUUGAUGAUCCGAACAAUCCGGGAGAACAUACUUCUAUGGAUUUGUUUAAUUCGUAUUGCCCUUAUAAUAGCUGUGAUACUGAUGAUAAAAAAGUUAGUUCUACUUUUAUAGCAUUGCUAACUUUAUUUAAUAGUAUUAAUAAUGAAAAUUUAGAUAGUGAUAAACUUGUUGAAUACGCUAUUUUAUGGUUAAGUUAUAGACUAAAUCAAAAAACACAAAAUGGAACGACCAAAUUAGACGAUUUUUAUACUAAUCAUGUAGUAACAAAUAAUAAAUAUGAGGAAAAUAUAACUACUGAUAAUAAGAUUAAUAAGGAUGUUAUAAAUAACAAAAUAGAAUCGAUGAAUAUUGAUAUUAAAGAUAUAUCUAAUUUUUAUGAUGCAUAUAAAUCAUUAUGUAACAUGUAUAGUGAAUUUGAUCCAGAAGAAAAUACUGAAUGCAAGACAUGUUUAGAAAAUGCUGGAGAAUUGUUUGAAAAAUAUGAAAAACUUAAAAAUGCUUUAGAUAUUAAUAAAGGAAGUUCUUAUUAUAAACUAUUGUCUAGUUUAUCAAAUGAUUAUAAAAUUUUUGUAAAUAAAUAUAAUAGUCUUGAAUGUAGUCAUAGCUCGCCACUUGUAGCUUGUCCACGAAGUUCAGUAACAAAAAAUAUACUAAUUACAAUUGCAAUUAUAUUUGUUGCAGCAUCAAUUUUAUUGGGAGUUUCUUAUAAGUAUUCGUUAUUUGGAUUUCGGAAACGAUUUCAAAAACAAAAAUUAAGAGAAAAUCUAAAAAAAUAA